GUUUUUCAAAGAGUGUCCACAUCCGGACGAGAGGCAAAGAGCAGACCUUAGUCUUGAACUUGGGAUGGAGCCCAUGCAAGUCAAAUUUUGGUUCCAAAACAAGCGCACACAAAUUAAGACACAACAUGAACAUAAAGAGAACACCUUGCUUCGAACUGAGAACGAAAAGUUGCGGGCCGAAAAUAUGAGGUACAGGGAAGUCCUAAGCAAUGCUUCUUGCCCUACUUGCGGUGGCCCAACACCCAUACGAGAAACAUCCUUUCACGAGCAACAAUUAAGGAACGAGAAUGCUCGUUUACGUGAAGAGAUUGAUCAAAUUUCUUCCAUGUCCAAGUACGUGCCGAACGCAGUUGGAAAUUUCAGAUCGACAUUGAUAGCUAGCAAUUUGAGGAGAACCAACCCGAACCAAAUUGAGGGGUCGAAGACGGUGAUGGUGGAGCUUGUUACCGCGGCCAUGGAGGAGCUAAUGAGGAUAGCUCAACUUGGGGAGCCAUUAUGGGUGCCAACCAUGGACCGGAACACAACCUUGUCUUUGAACGAACAAGAGUAUUUGAGAUCAUUUUCUAGAGUGUUUGGGCCUAAACCAAAUGGGUUCAAGUCUGAGGCUUCUCGGGAAACGGUUGUUGUUGCUAUGAGUAGCGCCAAGGUUAUCGAGAUCCUCAUGGAUGUGGAACAAUGGUCAAACGUGUUCUCGGCUGUCGUCUCGAGAGGGAUCAAUUUGCAAGUCAUUUCACCUGGAGUGGGUGGAAGUUACAAUGAAGCUAUACACAUGAUUAAUGCGGAAUUCCAAGUUCCUUCACCACUUGUUCCGACCCGUGAAAGCUACUUCGUGAGAUACUGCAGACAAGACGUGGAAGGCACAUGGGUUGUGGCGGAUGUUUCUCUAGAUCAAUUAUUGCAGCCGCCUAUUCCUUUUGUUUCAUGCCGUAGAAGACCCUCGGGCUGCCUAGUCCAACAAAUGCCAAAUGAACAUUCUAAGGUAACAUGGGUUGAGCACGUUGAGGUAAAAGAAAGAAGUGGUGAAAGCAUAUACAAGCCUCUAAUUACGGCUGGUCUUGCAUAUGGGGCCAAACGUUGGGUUGCCAUUCUCGACGCACACUCUCAACGUGCAGCCAAAGCUGCUGAAAUUCCUCCACCUCACCUCAAUUGCUUAGAGCUUGGGAGUAGGAAAGGCAUGUUGAUUAUUGCAGAAAGAAUGGUGACAAGGUUUUGCCGUGGUGUUAAUGCAUCAAAUGGAAAUUCGUGGUCAACCCUCUCGGGGAACGCCAAUGACGCAGUCAGAGUUUUGAGUCGGAAGAAUGUGGAUGACCCCACCAUGCCCUUUGGCAUUCACCUCAGUGUCGCAACUUCUUUAUGGCUUCCUGUCCCUCCGAAGAUCGUCUUUGACUUUUUGCGAGAUCACCAAAACCGGAAACAGUGGGACAUUCUUUCAAAUGGAGGCGAGUUUAAGGAGGUGAUGCAGAUUGGGACUGGGAAUGAGUUGGGAAAUUGUAUUUCCGUAUAUCAAGUAAAGGGUGGGAGCGGAGAGGUGACAAUGUUGCAAGAAAGUCGUAUGGAUCCAACUGCAUCUUACGUUGUUUAUGCUCCAAUAGAGAAGAUGGUGGAUCCAAGUUCGAUGCCCUUACUUCCAUCAGGAUUCGCUAUUCUCCCAGACGGUCCCACAGUCGGACGACAUUCUUCAUCACAACCUGCUCAUUCCGGAGGAUCUCUGCUGACUAUUUCACUUCAGGUGUUGCUUAACUCAGCUCCAAAUGCAAAGCUAUCUAUGGUAUCAUUUUCGGUAGCCGGCAAACUUAUCAGCUCCACGGUCGACAAAAUAAAACAUGCACUGCUUCCCAAGUCCUCACAGGCCGCCGUCAAGAGCCCACCGUCGUGUCCAUCGCAAUUUGCCGAGAAAAUCCAGCCGUCGUUUGCGAGCCCCCAACCACGACCUGUCGCCCUGCCUUUUGCGAAGGAGCCAUUUUUAUGGCGACCUCAGCAGCUACUACCAAGUAGCUUCGUUUCCCAGCGACCCUCAUCCUCACCACACGACCACCUCAUUCGCGAGCUCUUAGCCACUGCGAGUCUGUGGCCAAUCGUUGAGCAAAGCAGUAUUUGA